AUGCCUGGCGUUACUGCUCCUGAAGGCUCCAGCAAGUACGACCAAAUCCCGGGUCCCCUGGGAAUGGCCUCGGCUUCGCUGGAGGGCAAGGUGGCUCUUGUGACCGGCGCCGGCCGCGGCAUUGGUCGGGAGAUGGCCCUCGAACUCGGACGCCGCGGCGCCAAGGUGAUCGUCAACUACGCCAACAGCGACGAGGCUGCCCAAGAGGUGGUCAACCAGAUCAAGAAGAACGGGUCCGACGCGGCAUGCAUCAAGGCCAACGUGGCCAACGUGGAUGAGAUCGUCCGCCUGUUUGAGGAGGCCCACAGUACCUUCGGCAAGCUCGACAUUGUGUGCUCCAAUAGCGGCGUCGUUUCGUUCGGUCACGUCAAGGAUGUCACGCCCGAGGAGUUCGAUCGUGUCUUCAACAUCAACACCCGUGGCCAGUUUUUUGUUGCCCGCGAGGCGUACAAGCACCUCGAGGUCGGCGGCCGCUUGAUCCUCAUGGGUUCCAUCACGGGUCAGGCAAAGGGUGUCCCCAAGCAUGCCGUCUACUCUGCGAGCAAGGGUGCCAUCGAGACAUUUGUGCGGUGCAUGGCUAUCGAUUUCGGUGACAAGAAGAUCACCGUCAACGCCGUCGCUCCCGGCGGCAUCAAGACCGACAUGUACCACGCUGUCUGCAGGGAGUAUAUUCCGAACGGCGACAAGCUCGAUAACGAGGGCGUCGAUGAGUACGCUGCCGGUUGGUCGCCGCUCCACCGGGUUGGCCUUCCCAUCGAUAUCGCGCGUGUUGUCUGCUUCCUGGCGUCCCAGGACGGCGAGUGGAUCAACGGCAAAGUUAUCGGCAUUGACGGCGGUGCUUGUAUGUAA